CCCAGCCAGCUUACCAGUGUACAUCGCUUUUGAUUUUUCAUCGAGGACUCUACUUUCGUCAUAACUCCUCUUCAACAUGGCGUCUCGGCCCGAGCUAAAAGAAGAAGAUGAGAGCAGCUUUUGUAAAUUCUUUCGCACAUUGCCACCAAAGGACGAUACCGUACGCAUAUUCGACCGAGGAGACUACUACAGCUCCCAUGGCGAGGAUGCCAAGUUCGUUGCCAACCAUGUCUACCGCACGACGGCCGUUAUCCGCAAGCUGGGCCGCGACCCGGGCCUCGAAUCCGUUACCAUGACCGUCACUGUCUUCCGGAACUUCCUCCGCGACUCGCUCUUCAGACUGAGUAAACGAAUUGAAAUAUGGCAGUCCUCUGGAAGGAUGGCAUGGAAAGUAGCGAAGCAGGCUUCACCUGGCAACCUGCAAGACAUCGAGGAAGAGCUCGGUGGACAAGUGGAGAAUGCGCCAAUAAUGCUCGCCGUCAAAGUAUCGGCAAAAGCAGGUGAAGCACGAAAUGUGGGUGUCUGUUUUGCUGAUGCGAGUGUGCGAGAGCUGGGAGUGACGGAGUUCCUGGACAACGACCUCUACUCGAAUUUCGAGUCGCUCUUGAUCCAGCUCGGAGUAAAGGAGUGCCUCAUUCAGGUCGAUAACACCAAGAAAGACGUAGAGCUCAGCAAGCUCCGUACAAUCGCCGACAAUUGCGGCUGCGCGAUAGCUGAGCGAAGUGCGGCUGAUUUUGGUACCAAAGAUAUCGAUCAGGAUCUCCCGCGGUUACUCAAAGAUGAGCGUGCGGCAGGUACCCUUCCUCUGACUGACUUGAAGCUUGCCAUGGGCGCGGCGGCAGCCCUGAUAAAAUAUUUAGGCGUAAUGGCCGACUCCUCCAAUUUCGGACAGUACCAGCUAUACCAGCACGACCUGUCGCAAUACAUGAAACUCGAUUCGGCAGCACUAAAAGCGCUCAAUCUCAUGCCAGGACCCCGGGACGGAGCGAAGACGAUGAGCUUGUAUGGACUGCUGAACCAUUGCAAAACGCCAACUGGUAGUCGGUUGUUGGCACAAUGGCUCAAACAGCCGUUGAUGAACGUUGCCGACAUCGAGCGACGACAGCAGCUUGUUGAGGCGUUUGUUAAUGACACUGAGCUACGUCAAACGAUGCAAGAGGAGCACCUUCGAUCGAUACCCGACCUCUACCGCCUUGCAAAGAAAUUCCAACGAAAGGUUGCAAAUUUAGAAGAUGUUGUGCGCACAUACCAGGUUGUCAUACGAUUACCGGGUUUCAUCCAAGCUUUCGAGUCGGUGAUGGACGAUCAGUAUCGAGAUCCGCUGGAUGCAGAAUACACGAAGAAGCUCCAGGAAUAUGAUGCAUCGUUCGCCAAGCUGCAAGAAAUGGUAGAGACGACGGUGGAUUUAGACGCUCUCGACAAUCACGAGUUCAUUAUCAAGUCCGAAUUCGAUGAAGGGCUUGGCGCCAUUCGUAAACGUCUCGAUAAGCUCAAACGCGAGAUGAACGACGAACACGCGAGCGUAGGCCGCGACCUAAAUCAGGACACCGAGAAGAAACUGUUCCUGGAGAACCACCGCGUACAUGGCUGGUGUUUCAGGUUGACGCGCACUGAAGCUGGAUGUAUACGGGGCAAAAAACAAUACCAAGAAUGCUCAACACAGAAGAAUGGCGUUUACUUCACCACGUCCUCAUUGCAAGCCAAGCGACGAGAGUUCGAUCAAUUAUCAGAGACCUACAACCGGACUCAGAGCGGACUGGUAAACGAGGUUGUAACGGUCGCCUCUUCGUACAUCCCCGUGGUCGAAAAAUUGGCAGCAGUUCUGGCGCAUUUGGAUGUUAUUGUCGCGUUCGCACACGUCUCUGUCCACGCUCCGACCUCUUACACGCGGCCUACGAUGCACCCGCGUGGUACGGGAAACACGAUCUUGAAAGAGGCUCGCCACCCUUGCCUGGAGAUGCAGGAUGACGUUUCCUUCAUCACCAACGAUGUCAGUCUUGUGCGUGGGUCGAGCGAAUUCUGCAUCAUAACAGGUCCUAACAUGGGCGGAAAAUCGACAUACAUCCGGCAAAUCGGUGUUAUCGCGCUCAUGGCACAGAUUGGCUGCUUCGUUCCGGCGUCAGAAGCCGAGCUCACCAUCUUUGACUGCAUCCUCGCUCGUGUCGGUGCGAGUGACAGCCAGAUCAAGGGCGUUUCGACAUUCAUGGCGGAGAUGCUAGAAACCGCCAACAUCUUGAAGUCGGCCACGAAGGAGUCGCUAAUUAUAAUCGACGAGCUCGGCCGUGGAACAAGUACGUACGAUGGUUUUGGUCUUGCAUGGGCUAUCUCGGAGUAUAUUGUCAAGGAAAUUGGCGCGUUCGCUCUGUUUGCUACGCAUUUCCAUGAACUCACUGCGCUAGUCAAGACAUAUCCGCAGGUCCAGAAUCUUCACGUUGUCGCCCAUAUCUCCGAGGGCACAGAAGAUUCGGGUAGCGGUGUGCAGAAGAAGCGUGAGGUAACGCUCCUGUACAAAGUAGAUGAAGGCGUGUGUGAUCAGUCUUUCGGCAUUCACGUCGCUGAGCUUGUUCGCUUCCCACAGAAAGUCAUCAACAUGGCGAAGCGGAAGGCAGACGAGCUGGAGGAUUUCUCUGGCAAGCACGAGGAUGGUUACGUGCAGGCUAGUAAAGAGGAGGUUGAAGAGGGCGGCCGCCUGCUGAAGAAGGUGCUGCUGACUUGGAAAGAAGAGGUUGAGAGUAAAGGCCUGACAAAAACACAGCAGGUCCAAAGAAUGAAGGAGUUGGUACUGGGCGAGGACGCACUGCUGACCAAUCCUUUUUUCAAGAGCGUGCAGGCGCUGUGAGACGACAGCGGGCGGAAGAAGAGGCCAGGUAUGGCGCGCAAAGAUGCCUGGGGGAGCAAAGAUGCCUGGGAGGGCAUGCAUGUGUACUGGUACAAUCUAAGAGAUACCAC